GGUUACAGGUGUUUCCACCUACAACCCUUCCGAUUACUUUACUUAGCAUUUGCAUGGUAAUUUACACCAUCAAAUUGGCGCCACCCGUGGGACCUAUUACAAAAGUCAUGGGCACGAUGACUUUCCACCUGAGGGAUCUAGGAGGUCAGUGUUUCAAAGGCUUGGGCACGAUGGCCGAAAUCAAAACCGGUCAGCAAAAGAGAGGCCGGGUGUGGAAACAAUCCCAGCGAGCGCUUUUAAUCGUCUGGGGAGAGGGGCCGGGCGACCUGGUCAGACCAGGAGAAAGGAACCACCCCCACACGAUGAGCCCCAGAACAGCCGGGCGCCCCAUGGAGGAGAAGAAGCAGAGAGCCAUCCUAGGCACACGAUCCGCUCCCAUGUUGAACAACCCCGGGAUCGUGUGGGCUGGGUUGAAGCACAAUGCGAAACUUGAGGUCCCAAAGUUCACCGGGAAGGAAGACCCGGAAAUACACGUCAAAACCCUCCAUCAGAACGGGAGGAUGAUGGGUCUUUCCGGGGACGAAAAAUGCCUGCUUUUCUUUCAAACCCUCUGCGGCCGAGCCGUAGAGUGGUUUCACAACCUCCCGGCCGGAGAAAUCGAUUCUUUCGAUGAGCUGGCCGAGUCCGAAGAAUUGUACAAAGAAUUUUGCCGGAGGUCCCCCCAGUCCUACCAAGAGGCCUACAACACGGCUUGGGACUACGCCGACGCCGAGGUACAGGUGUCGUCUAAAAGGGAGGCCGAGCAAGGCCAUUCCAAGGGAAAGAUUUCCUCGAAAAAGGAAAUCGAACUGCCCGGCAGGUUGAAAACGAAAGUCUUGGAGGUGAAGCCGGUCAAAUCAGAAAAGAAACCGGCCAGCGAGAAACAAUGGGCGGAGAAGUAUUGCUCCUUCCACAAAAUGGAUUCCCAUAACACUGCCGAGUGCAAUAGUGUUAAAGGAGUGAUCAAGCAGAUGAUUGAGGCCGGAGAGCUCGAUCCAGAAUAUCUGGCUCAGGCGAAACAAAAUAAGAAUCAAUGGAUCAGGCCCGAAGGACAACCGGCCGAACAGAACAAGAAGAAAAAAGCAGCCGGUAAGGAACACUUGCAAGUCAUCUACGGCGGGCCGGAGGGGGAGACUCUGCUUCCCAAAGGAAGAAAUGGGGGCGAGAGCUCUAUGUCGGAACGAGCCCUUGGAUCAGCUGGAUUGCCGCAUCCCGAUCAGCGAAGGCCCGCCUGGCGAACUCCUCUGGUUCCUGAAUUGCCCAGCCUGCUGCAAGAGAAGUUCGUUCGGCCCGCUCUUUCUCUAGCUCAUCCCCAAGCCGGCCUUGAGAAGACCGUCGUGCUUGGCGGUAGACCGCGCAGUGCUCUACGAGCUUCGCCUCCGCCUCUCCGCCUUGGCAUGGGCGGCCUGUGCAUCCUUCCGGAACUCCACCAUCAUGGCCUCCAGCCGGGCCUUCUCCUUGUCCCUAGACUUCACCAGCCAGGUGAAGUACUCUAGACCAAUCCGGCCAUCCUGCUUUAAAGACAUGGAG